AUGGCUAUCGAUCGCCUAACAAUGGGCUUGGAUCGUGCUUCCAAAUACAGCGUCUUCAAGAAAUGGAAAGUCGCAGAUGUAGCGCUUGCUGUGGUGUUUUACAUUAUCAAUUUAUCAAUUGCGUAUGGCAAGCCAUUUGAACGCCAAUUCUAUUUAGGAGAUCCGACUAUAUCGCACCCACAUGCAGGUACACAGAGAGUGGGUAAUACGGCGUUGCUUGUGUAUAGUUUGGUGGUGCCAGCAGUCACCAUUGUGGUGGUAUCACUGCUUUUGGGGGAUGCCAAACAUAGAACGUAUUUGACGUAUAUCUCAUUACUGGGGCUCUUUUUGUCGUGGACAGCUACCAACCUGCUUACAGACUUUUUGAAAAACUGGAUUGGAAGGCCUCGUCCGGACUUUUUGGCUCGCUGUGUGCCCAAAGAGGGCACUCCGCUUAACACGUUGGUGACCGCCUCUGAAGUGUGUACCACGCUCAAUUUGGGCCGUUUGAGGGAUGGGUUUCGCUCCACGCCUAGUGGCCACUCCAGUGAGAGUUUCGCCGGUCUUGGGUUCCUCUCAUUGUGGCUUGCAGGCCAGUUAUUGGUCGAAAAUCCAGGCGUCAGCCACAUCAGAAGAACUCUCGCUACCCUACCCGCAAUUGGCGCUGCAACCAUUGCCAUCUCUAGAACCGAGGACUACAGACACCAUUUCAUCGACGUUGUACUAGGUAGUGUCAUUGGGUUUUACAUUGCCUACAAGGUAUACUUUGCCAGUUUCCCAUCUUUGUCCAACGAGCUUUCUUUCAAGCCUCUUUUGGACGACAGCGAUGUUCAGCUAUCAUCAGCUAUUCUCGAAAGAGUUGCAGAUGAGGAAACAGCACCACUCACGGCAACCUAA